AUGUGUUCAUAUGGGGUAAUUCUGAUUCUGGUAUAUGCUCUGUCCGUUCGGGUUACUAGUGGCUUCAACGUCCUACUCAUUCUCAGUCGUCUGCUUCCAAAGUUUGGAAAAAUGGUUGCUAAAUUACAAAUCAUGCCUAAGAUUAGGAUCUUUGCUUGGAGAGUGGCCCAUGGUGGGUUACCGCACGACUACUUAUUGGCCAGGGAGCAUGCGUCGGGGAGAGCGAGAGUUGUGCGAUCUUCUCCAGGAGCAGCGUCGUGUAUUGAUCAAGCGAAGUGGCAACCUCCCCCUCCAGGGUAUGUGAAGAUCAAUUUGGAUGGUGCUUUUGAGUCUAUUGGAUGUAUAACGGCUGUGGGGGUUAUUGCCCGAGAUGCUAUUGGCCAGAUACUUGGUGGUAUGGCUGCAUCGUCAUCAGGUUGUGUCGAAGUUGGGCUUUCGGAGAUUCAUGCUCUGAAUGCAGCUCUUUCUUUGGCAAGUGAGUAUCGAUGGACGCAUGUAAUCUUUGAAUCAGAUUCAACGUUUGUAGUCAACAAGAUAUCUCGACCAAAUGAGGACUUGUCCACAUUGGGUCAUCAUCUUCGGGAAGCUCGUAGAAUUUUAGAUGCUAAUUUAAAUUACAUAGUGUGUUUUGUUCCUAGAACUUGUAAUAUUGUGGCACAUACUUUGGCUAAUUGA